AUGCCGCAUGAUGUUGCCUUCGACCUCUAUGAUGAGCGCUGGCGAGAGUGUUGGUUGGCAGCGACAUCCACGACACGCUUGCGCAAGAAGCAGGUGGAUGUUGACAUUCAAGAGCGAGUGCAUCGUUUGAUUCAAGAGCAUGGGCCAAACACCGACAAGCCGCUCACUCUACGUGUUUACGGAACAAUGAUCAAGGGCUUCUGUGUUCUGAACAACGAGCGGGCACGAGCGCUGUACUGCGAUUCGGAACGUGUGGUUCUCAUGUUUGCUCGCCAACCCUUCACGGAAGACAAAAUCAGGUUGCCAGCGGCCAAAAGGCAACGGAUGGAGGCAGCUCUAACAUUGGACUUGGAUUUGGCAAAGGUUGAGGCUUGCGAAACUUUCAACUGGACGCAGGCUCCACUGGAAGAAGGGGCCCUCUUGCAACUUGGUGGUGCCGCCGCUCAGGAUGUUCUCCCUUGCAUUGAACUUGCAGAGGCCAUGCCACAGUUGUUGGAUCCCAAUGCUUCUGACAUGGCCCUUCCUCAGAAGGCAGAGAUGGACUGGCUUCCGAGAUUCGAGCUGGGCCCACUUGAAGCACAAGUGGAAGGCCAGGUGCCAAACCUGGAAAAGCCGGUGGAUCCCCUGAUGCAGCUCAUGGGUGCGCCCCAUCCAAUGGAGUUUGGUGAGGUUCAUGGGGUUCAUGGGGUUCAUGGCCAUGGAGAGGCCGGACAUGCCGGAAACCCCGGAAACGAAGCAGCUCGACCGCUCAAGAGGUGCCGUACAGAGAGAGCAACGGCUGCACUUCUCCGCCCAGGAUUGGUCUAUGGCUUUGAUUCUGACCCGAUGAUGUCUUCUCAGCGGGUUGCGGAGUGGCAGCUGAAAGACGACGAAAGUCUUUGUCGACCACGGCUUGGUGCUGUGGACCAGGUCGAGGUGAUGGAGAACUCCUUGGAUUGCUUCCUGGAGGCAGACCACUUCGGAUUUUGGCUCCGGCAGGUCGCGGACCCUGACAUGGCUCUUUAUCAUGAAAGUGGACCUGGAAAAGACCAAGGAGAGUUUCCACAGGUUCAAUCGUUACUCGGUGGAGUUUGUGACUUCCCACCUUCGGACGCUCGGACCCAAGCCAAGCCUGACGUGCAAGCAGUGAAUGCAGAAUAUGUGCCGGAUACGCUGGGCUCCUAUGCUGCUCAGCACGCAGACAUGGACUUUGCAAUGUGCGACGACUACAUCCACAACGCUGACCGCACAAAUGUGGAGGUGCAGGAUGACCGCACAGCAGAGGUCGGCCAAAUCAUCUUGGAUUGCUUGCGGCGUGACGGCCACAGCAUUGAAUUUGAGAAACUGGUCCCACCAGGAGAAGCUGAACGAACCACCGCAGCAAUGACGUUCACUGCGUUGCUGGCUCUAGCCAGCGCAGGUGACUUGCAUGUGCUUCAACAGGAUCCGUUCGGCACAAUCGUGGUCGCCGAGUGCUGCAAUUGA